AUGGAAUAUUCAUGGAUAGCUGGAAAAUGGUCUGAGUGUACAGUGACCUGUAAUGGUGGACAUCAGUCAAGGGUAGUAUAUUGUGUAGAAAAUUUCAACGAUGUCAAUGGAGUACUGAUAGAAAAUCGAAAAGUAGAUGAUCAGUACUGCUGGCAAACCAAAAGACCGAUUACAAGCCGAAAAUGCAACCGAAAAAGCUGUCCGAAAUGGGAGAAAGGCGAUUGGACUUCUUGCUCAGUUACAUGUGGCAAAGGUUUCCGUAGCAGACAGGUAGAAUGUAGACAAGAAGGCGAUCGUCUUGAAGAUUACGCCUGUAAUAAUACAAACCGUCCAGAUGAUGAGCAACUCUGCUACACGGGCACAACGUGCCCUAAUGAAUUCCAGAGCUGUAAGUGA